GCCCAGCGAGGCGAAGGGGCAGCCGACCGGCUCGUGACGUCACCCGCCCCCUGCUUCUCUGCGCGCGAAAGUUGAGGCGCGAAGCGGGGCUGGAGCCGGCGGUGGCGGCGGUGGCGGCCGUAGCGGGAGUCGGGAGCCGGGAGAGCUGAAAGCCGGGCCAGACCGGAGUCUCGGUAGCCGUACGCGGACAGAGGCAGAGCCCAGGAAAGCCCCCCCGGGAGAGCCCUGGAGCCACCAUGCAGCGAUCCAUCAAGUCCUUCUUCCAGCCCAUGAGCGGGCAAAAGGAGGAAAAGCCAGAGACCCCCAAAGGUAGCGAGGAGAGAGAGCCAGACCCCAAGGCCGCCCUGAAGGAGAGGAAUACGGCAGCGGUGAGCCCCGAAAGCUAUUCUCCGGUGAAGCGGCCAGCGCGGAAGGUGGCCCGAGCCCUGGGAAGUGAGGGCGAGGAGGACGAUGAGGAGGUGGCCCCCCACGAGCAGGAGCCAGUCCAACCCUCCCCAACCGCCUCUCCUGACCACGGCCCCUCCGACUCCUCGCCCAAUGGCGGCUCCCAAACUGGGAUCCCAAAACGCCGGACAGCUCGGAAACAGAUACAGAAACGAAAGCUCCAAGAGACACCUAACAGCCGGAAAGAUGGGGAGCCAAAGAGGCUUAAGAAGGAGGGAGGCGAGAGGGCGCCAGUGGCCAGCCAGGAACAGCCAACCUUGAAGGUUGAGCCAGAGGGAGGGGUCCAGCCUCUCCAAGAGGCCUCAGGGGAGGCCACAGAGCCAGAGGGCACCGGAGGGGAGGCCCAGAGAAGCCCGGCACCCAAGGCCUUCAGCAGCUUUUUUGCCCCCCGGAAGCCAGCCACAGCAAAGCAGCCCCCAAAGGAGGCCAUAGCAAAGCAGCCCCCAAAGGAGGCCGCAGCAAAGCAGCCCCCAAAGGAGGCCGCAGCAAAGCAGCCCGAGAAGGUGGCAGAGGAGACAGCCACGAAGCCCACGGACCCAGCCACCUACGACCCUUCCAAGAGCAGCUACCACCCUGUCAAGGACGCCAGCUGGAAGCCAGGCCAACGGGUUCCCUACCUGGUCCUCGCGCGAACAUUUGAGAAAAUCGAGGAAGUCUCUGCCCGGCUUCGGAUGGUGGAGACGCUGAGCAACCUGCUGCGCUCGGUGGCCGCGCUGACGCCCGCAGACCUGCUCUCCGUCCUCUACCUGAGCCUCAACCGCCUGGGGCCCCCCCAGCAGGGCCUGGAGCUCGGGGUGGGGGACGGCGUGCUGCUCAAGGCCGUGGCCCAGGCCACAGGCCGACAGCUGGAAGCCAUCCGGGCUGAGGUAGCGGAGAAGGGCGACGUGGGGCUCGUGGUGGAGGCCAGCCGCAGCACGCAGCGCACCAUGCUGCCGCUGCCCCCCCUCACGGCGGCCGGCGUCCUGAGCAAGCUGCGAGACAUCGCCCGCCUGACGGGCAGCGCCUCCACGUCCAAGAAGAUCGAGAUCAUCAAGAGCUUGUUUGUCGCCUGUCGCCACUCGGAGGCCCGCUUCAUCGCCAGGGCCCUGAGCGGGCGGCUGCGUCUGGGUCUCGCAGAGCAGUCCGUCCUGGCCGCACUUGCCCAGGCCGUGAGCCUCACCCCCCCGGGCCAAGACUUCCCCCCAGCCGUGGUGGAUGCCGGGAAAGGCAGGUCGGCGGAAGCCAGGAAAGCGUGGCUGGAGGACAAGGCGCUCCUCCUGAAGCAGACCUUUUGCGAGGUGCCGGACCUGGACCUGAUCGUCCCGGCCCUGCUCGAGCAUGGGCUGGACCAGCUGCCCCAGCACUGCCAGCUGACCCCAGGCGUGCCCCUGAAGCCCAUGCUGGCCCACCCCACGCGGGGCAUCAGGGAGGUGCUGAAGCGCUUCGAGGAGUCGGCUUUCACCUGUGAAUACAAGUACGACGGGCAGAGGGCGCAGAUCCACGUCCUGGCAGACGGGAACGUGAAGAUAUUCAGCCGCAACCAAGAGGACAACACGGGCCGGUACCCGGACGUCAUCAGCCGCAUCCCAAAGAUGAAGCGUCCUUCCGUCGUCUCCUGCAUCUUGGACUCGGAGGCUGUGGCCUGGGACCGGGCAAAGAAGCAAAUUCAGCCCUUUCAGGUGCUCAGCACCCGCAAGCGCAAGGUGGUGGAGGAGUCAGACAUCCAAGUCCAAGUGUGUUUGUACGCCUUUGACCUCAUCUACCUCAAUGGGCAGUCCCUGAUUCGCGAGCCGCUGUCUCGGAGACGGCAGCUGCUCCGGGAGAACUUCAUCGAAACCGAAGGCGAGUUUGUUUUUGCCACAUCUCUGGAUACGGAGGACACGGAGCAGAUGGCCGAUUUCCUGGAGCAGUCUGUGAAAGAUUCCUGCGAGGGCCUGAUGGUGAAGACCCUCGACACCAACGCCACGUACGAGAUUGCCAAGAGGUCCCACAACUGGCUCAAGCUGAAGAAGGACUACCUGGAAGGUGUCGGGGACACCCUGGACCUGGUGGUGAUUGGGGCCUAUUUGGGCCGGGGGAAGCGGGCCGGACGAUACGGGGGCUUCCUCCUGGCGGCCUUUGAUGAGGACAGUGAAGAGUUCCAGGCCAUUUGCAAGCUGGGCACAGGUUUCAGCGAUGAAGAAUUGGAGCAGCAUUACCAGGACCUCCAGGCCCUCGUCAUUCCUGCUCCUCGUUCGUACGUCCGGGCCGAGGGAGCCGCAGCCCCCGACCACUGGCUAGAACCGAUCACCGUCUGGGAGGUCAAAUGUGCCGAUCUCUCCGUCUCGCCCAUCUACGCGGCGGCCCGGGGCUUGGUGGAGAGUGACAAGGGCAUCUCCCUGCGCUUCCCGCGAUUCGUCCAAGUACGACAAGACAAGAAGCCGGAAGAAGCGACCUCGAGUGCCCAGGUGGCCCAUUUGUAUAAGAAGCAGCAACAGAUUCAGAACCAGCAGGACAGCGACUCCUCGCACUCUGAGUCUGACGAUUUGGACUAGGUGCUUCCGGGGGCUCCUGGGACCCUCAAUAAAGCUUGAUGACGGGC